UGUGGCAGACACGGACAGACGAAGGGAGUUAGUUAUUGCGUCUCCAGUAGGACCGUUACUUCACCGCUGUUCUUGUUGCUCUUGAUUAUCUGAACUCGGACGAAACGUUACACAGAGUGAACAUGAUAUUAUUUUCUCAUCAGCUUUUCAUCCUCCUAUGGAUUGUUGUAACAGUGGUAUCUUUUUCUGUAGGGGUAGAGUCCAACAACACGGCUCCUGGCACACAUGACAGUCCUGGGAUCACAGAUACAUCCAUGACCCCAGGAGAUAGAUCCACCACCCUCUUAUCCACAAAUACCCCAGUCUCCACUGAACCCAGCUCCACCACCACAGACCCCACAGACCCCUCAACUGUCCUCCCUAGCACUGAUGGCACCUCACUCACAACAGCAGCCAUCUCUAUAACUGAAGAGGUCUCUACUACAACAGACCUGACCUCAACUUCUGAUACGACAGAGUCUAAGAGAGCAGUCGGCACCACUGCGACAGAAACAAGAACUACCUCGUCAGUCAGCACAGCAAGGUUGACUUCCUCCCACAAGACCACAGCGUACACUGUCACUUCCUCUGAGUCGACCGAAAAAGACAGUCCGUCCACAGACAGUGACAUGACAACAACACCCACCACCACACCUGCCCUUAGCAGAGGUGACUCUCUGUCUACCAUGGAAUAUACAGGCCGUACCUCAGCUGAUGUCCCCACAGAGUCAAACACAACUCCAGACAUUAUCCCAACCAGCAGUACCACUGAUACAGGUACACAUGAAACAACAGCUAUCAACACAGCUACCACAGAUACAGGUACACAUGAAACAACAGUUAUCAACACAGCUACCACAGAUACAGGUACACAUGAAACAACAGUUAUCAACACAGCUACCACAGAUACAGGUACACAUGAAACAACAGUUAUCAACACAGCUACCACUGAUACAGGUACACAUGAAACAACAGUUAUCAACACAGCUACCACAGAUACAGGUACACAUGAAACAACAGUUAUCAACACAGCUACCACAGAUACAGGUACACAUGAAACAACAGUUAUCAACACAGCUACCACUGAUACAGGUACACAUGAAACAACAGCUAUCAACACAGCUACCACAGAUACAGGUACACAUGAAACAACAGUUAUCAACACAGCUACCACAGAUACAGGUACACAUGAAACAACAGUUAUCAACACAGCUACCACAGAUACAGGUACCACAGAUACAGGUACACAUGAAACAACAGCUAUCAACACAGCUACCACAGAUACAGGUACACAUGAAACAACAGCUAUCAACACAGCUACCACAGAUACAGGUACACAUGAAACAACAGCUAUCAACACAGCUACCACAGAUACAGGUAUACAUGAAACAACAGCGAUCAACACAGCUACCACAGAUACAGGUACACAUGAAACAACAGCUAUCAACACAGCUACCACAGAUACAGGUACCACAGAGACAGGCACACAUGAAAUAACAGUUAUCAACACAGGUACCACAGAUACAGGUACACAUGAAACAACAGCUAUCAACACAGCUACCACAGAUACAGCUACCACAGAGACGGGUACACAUGAAACAACAGCUAUCAACACAGCUACCACAGAUACAGGUACACAUGAAACAACAGUUAUCAACACAGCUACCACAGAUACAGGUACACAUGAAACAACAGCUAUCAACACAACUACCACAGAUACAGGUACCACAGAGACAGGUACACAUGAAACAACAGCUAUCAACACAGCUACAGGUACACAUGAAACAACAGUUAUCAACACAGCUACCACAGAUACAGGUACACAUGAAACAACAGUUAUCAACACAGCUACCACAGAUACAGGUACACAUGAAACAACAGCUAUCAACACAGCUACCACAGAUACAGGUACACAUGAAACAACAGUUAUCAACACAGCUACGACAGAUACAGGUACACAUGAAACAAUAGCUAUCAACACAGCUACCACAGAUACAGGUACCACAGAGACAGGCACACAUGAAAUAACAGUUAUCAACACAGGUACCACAGAUACAGGUACACAUGAAACAACAGCUAUCGACACAGCUACCACAGAUACAGGUACCACAGAGACAGGCACACAUGAAAUAACAGUUAUCAACACAGCUACCACAGAUACAGGUACACAUGAAACAACAGCUAUCAACACAACUACCACAGAUACAGGUACACAUGAAACAACAGCUAUCAACACAACUACCACAGAUACAGGUACACAUGAAACAACAGCUAUCAACACAGCUACCACAGAUACAGGUACACAUGAAACAACAGCUAUCAACACAGCUACCACAGAUACAGGUACACAUGAAACAACAGCUAUCAACACAACUACCACAGAUACAGGUACCACAGAUACAGGUACACAUGAAACAACAGCUAUCAACACAGCUACAGGUACACAUGAAACAACAGCUAUCAACACAGCUACCACAGAUACAGGUACACAUGAAACAACAGUUAUCAACACAGCUACCACAGAUACAGGUACACAUGAAACAACAGUUAUCAACACAGCUACCACAGAUACAGGUACACAUGAAACAACAGUUAUCAACACAGCUACCACAGAUACAGGUACACAUGAAACAACAGUUAUCAACACAGCUACCACAGAAACAGGUACACAUGAAACAACAGCUAUCAACACAGCUACCACAGAUACAGGUACACAUGAAACAACAGCUAUCAACACAGCUACCACAGAUACAGGUACACAUGAAACAACAGUUAUCAACACAGCUACCACAGAUACAGGUACCAAAGACAGUGAGACCACAGGUUCAAGGAUCACAAAGUCCACCAUCCCACCAACUGGUCAGACCUCUCUCCCAGUAACUGAGGGUAGUACCAUGUCUUCAACACCCCUCUCCGCCACUACAAGGGGUCCUGAGACCGCUCUCCCAGUGAGCGAUGGCUCCACGUCCUCAUCCCCCACCGCUACCAUUACAGGGAGCCCUCAUACAGACAAAACCACUGGAACAGAGGGGACUACCGAUUCUACAACCACAGCUGGCACUCCAGCUUUGCCCCCCACCUCCGGCUCUUCCUCCAGCCCACCCUCUCCAGGCUCAACCCAAACCCCAGGCAGCAGCACUGCUGCCCCCGUAGACACCUCCACCACCACCCCUGCCCCCUCACCCACCAUCUCACCUACAGGAGAAACCCCUGGGCAACCGACUAGCAAAACUAGUGAGAGUCCACUUCCUCCUUUCCACACCUCGACCUCCCCUACCGGUGGAAGCACCACCCAGCCAGAGUCAGCCAUCACUGCUGCCACCUCCCUGCCUCCACCCAUCUCCAUAGUGUGUCCCUCCUCUCCCUGUCCGUAUGAUAGCAUCUGCCUCAACGGCACCUGCCAGUGUAUGUCUGGGACCUUCCUCUUAGAGGGCCGCUGUGUACAAGCCCAAGUCUUCUCUGGAGACCUGCAUCUCAACCAGACAUUUCAGGCUGAAAUGAGCAACCGGUCAUCAGGGAUAUUUAAGCAAACAGCAGCCAGGAUCUCAGAAGCACUGAGAAGAGCCUUGGAAAACGAGUCUGGAUACAGCCAAACUGAUGUGGUGCUGCUUCGGCGAGGCAGUGUGAUCGCGUCCGUGAACAACGUGUUUAAACUAGGCUCCAGUGCCACCCGGACUUCGACCAAUGCCGCUAUAGAGAAAGCCAUACAAGCUUGUGGGACGACCUGUGGGACCAUACUGCAGAGAGCUACAUUUAACGCCACUGACCUAUGUGAUCAGGCCCCCCAACCGUGUGAUGUCCGCUCUACCAUGUGCGAGUACAAAGAAGAUGGAGUGACCAGAUGCUCCUGUAAGGCUGGCUACAUCAACAGCUUCUACUCAAACCAAAGCUGCACAGCCUGUCCCAGUGGUCAAAGGUCAGAGGGAGACACAUGUGUGCCAUGCACGUUUGGCUAUGCUGGAUUCAACUGCACUGACUCGGCUCUGUUGGCAGUGGUGGUCAUCGCCUGUGUACUGGGGGGAGUCCUCCUCAUCAUGCUGCUGGGCCUGCUUGCAUACUGCUGCUGGUACCGGUCACAGUCAGUGAAGAAGCCUUCAGCAGAGUUCAGCAGCCCGUACCCUGUGGAGGACUUCCGGGGCCCCUGGUCCACCUCCCAGGGCAUCACCCCGAUCCCCCGGGCCAGCACCAACUGGGACUCAACCCCCAUGGAGAUGACCGAGGGGGGCAGCACACACACCCCGGUCGACAUGAAGCCCCACACCAACGGAGCGGGAUUCCACAUCCUGCCUAAACGGGGGAAGAAGACCGGGUCGUAUGACCUGACCUCAGACAGCAUGAACACGUUCAAGGGGAAGAACCCCUCUCGCUACUCCUACCUGGUGCAGGGCCACGAGAACCCUUACUUCAAACCUGCAGAUGAGAGGAGACCCAUAUGAUUACCCUUACUUCAAACCUGCAGAUGAGAGGAGACCCAUAUGAUAACCCUUACUUCAAACCUGCAGAUGAGAGGAGACCCAUAUGAGAACAAACAUGGCUAAAGAUCAAAUUGAGAAGUCACUGACUUCUAGUAACUCUGGGUAUUGGUACAUCCUCUCACUGUAUUUCUGUUGAAUUGUGUAGAACUUUUCCUUUGCAUCAGGAUGUUUUCGGAUAGAUGCCAUGUACUGUCUAGGGCAUCUGGAGUCAUUAAUGGUUUAAUGACACAACUACAAGGGACUUGACAGCAGGGUUUUUUAAAUAUGUUCUUCUGGAAUCCAUUCUCAAAGUCAGCUUUAUGAUUCAGAAUGAUUUGGAGUCCAACAUGCAUCGACUUCACAGGGAUUCACUUCAAUAACUGACCCUACCAAAAGAGGAUUUUGUUCACUACAAAUCCAUGGUUUACUUUUGAAACGUUCCGUUCAUCUGAUCAUGGUCUUUUAUCCUGUUCUGCAAUACAAGAACAAGAUUUAUAAAAAAAAAAUGUUUUUAUUUAAAAUGUUUUUAUGUGUCCUGUGUUUAGACUGGCAGCUCAAAUCAUAUAUUUUUUCUCUUUUGAAAAAAUAUCUGGUGUGAAAAGAUCUGAUGUGGUUGGUCAAAAGACCAACUAGUUGGGGGGGGGGAGGUCAGAAUUGGACUGCCUUAAACGCAGCCUUAUUGAAUGAAGAGUGAGCUGAAUAUAGCUUGUCGUAGCCAGUAGUUGUCCCCAUUGUUCAGGGUCAAGCUUUUCAUGUUUUUUUUUUUUCCUUCUACAGUAUCCUGCUACAUUUAGUCACCUGGAUGUCUAUGUCUUGUUGAAGAGAUUACAGAUAUAUUUUAGAUUGGUCAUUCUGCAUUGUCGUUUCUCACACUCAACGUAGUAUUCCAAAGUGAUUCAUCUAUUGCUAUUUGCACUAAAUUAUGUAUUUGCUUUACACUACAUGUGAUUUGUUUGGGUGGGGGGGAAUCAUAGACACAUUCUCAGUGAGAGCAAAUGUUUUUCUAUAUUUUUUACUUUAGGAUUGAUUGUGUUUUCAUGACGAGAGCUGUGUGUGUGUGUGUGUGAAGCGCUGAAGGAGCUGGAUCCCUAGUUCAGGGGUUUAUACAGUCAAGGGAUAUUUUGUAUUAGUCUGGUCUGGAGCGGAGUAGACCUACUCUACAGUCUAUUAGUCUGGCCUGGAGCGGAGUAGACCUACUCUACAGUCUAUUAGUCUGGCCUGGAGCUGAGUAGACCUACUCUACAGUCUAUUAGUCUGGCCUGGAGCUGAGUAGACCUUCAUCCUCUGUUAUUAGUACCUUCCCUGCUGAAGCUGCCUGCAUCUGCAAAUGUGCCUGUUUUGAUUGGUCUUUUUGAAGAAUAUGAAAAUUAUGCAAAAAAUAAAAAAUAAACUCUCGACAAAGCUUGUUCUCAGACGUGCCAAUUACCAUGUCUAUACACUUCCGCAAAAAAAUAUGUUUAUGGAAGUCUCACAUGUCUGUGUGUAUUUGUGAGUAUGUGUGUCUCGUGCACUAUUUUCUAAAUGUAUAUACAACUUUUGUAAAUUAAACGUCUUACUGCAGAGAAUGAUGUAAGUGUGAUGAACAUACAUACAUUCAAGCACACAACGUGACUUUGCCUUAUGUUAUCAUGCAGACAAAUUGUUGUUAAUAAACAUCAGUGGGUGCAUCUGUGUGCAGUCCACAGGUUA